GGCUACCCCAGAUUUUGCGGUUGGCGCUCGCUUGCCCCCUCGGUCGGUCGAAUUUAUUAUCAUUUGUAUCCGAAGACACACGAAAAGGUUUUGGGAUGAAAACAAAACACUCAGAGCAUCUACAGAUCCUUGUUUCUACAAUCGGACUGCAGCGUUGUGUUUUAGUGACAAUAAACUCUCUUGAAUCUUGAAUCUAGUGCUGUCGUUGCUCGCACACCCCCCUGGUUGUCUCCCCACAGAGCCACACCCGGAAGCAGCGGCGGCUAUAAAGCGGAGCGUUUGCGGAGCCGCCGCAAUCCUUCCGCAGACGCUGAGUGUCCGUUCACGUACAGACUACUAGACGCCGCUGAUUUCUUGCUGCGCCAUCGGGCCAUGGAUCUUAACGUCAAGGUCUACCUGCUGGGCAAGGACGAUAGCAGCCGGGAGAUCCGGCGCUUCAGCCUAGACCCUGCCGUGUCCUCCAGCUGCCGGCACCUCUACAACAAGGUGGCCGGCGUCUUCGAUGGACUGCGCUCCGAGAGCUUCCUCAUGUACUACAAAGACGAGGAAGGGGAUAUGGUCGCUUUCUCCACUGACGAUGAGCUGUCCAUGGCCCUGUCCUACCUUCAGGAAGGCACUUUUCGCGUCUACAUUAAAGAAAAGAAGGAAUACAAACACGGGCAGGACAAGACCGGGGUGGUUCAUCCAAACAUUGUGUGUGACGCCUGCAAUGGGCCGGUGGUGGGUGCUCGCUACAAGUGCUCCAUGUGUCCGGACUACGAUCUGUGCAGCGGCUGCAAGGGGAAGGGGUUCCACAAGGAACAUGAGAUGAUACUCCUGCAGUCUCCGCAGUUCUUCCAUCCAUUUGAGCGGAUUCCCAGAGGCAUGUGGUUCCAUAAGAAGAGGAACUCGGGAAUGUGUCGCUGGGCAAUGGGACAGCAAGAUUCCACGGCCCAGGCUGCGACAUGCCCAGGCAGACAGCAGUCGCCAGCAACUGACCCAACCCCUGCUGGGCAAGGUGCAUCAUCUGAGAGCCAGAGGCAGGACAAGAACGUGAGCUACUUGCAGAGUGUGGGCCGAAAUGUGGCUGCAAUGCUCAGUCCCCUGGGUGAGUUUGAAAGGUCCCGGACCCUGGUCGCCUGUCGUAGCCUUUGCCCAACGGCGCACUGGUCCAACGCUGAGUCGACGGAGAGGGAGGAGGAGGAUGAGCUUCCGAGAGGUAUUGAUGUAGACAUUGAUGUGGAACACAAGGGCCAUCGCUUUAAGGCAGCCGAGUGCUCGGUAAACAGCCAACCUGAGUCUGCAGACAGCAGCAGCCGCCCUGAUUUGCUCGUUGCCAACCAGAAGCAGAAGACACCGGGGGGAUCUGCCGCCUCCAGCCUGCAGCAGAGUGAAGCUGACCUGAUGGACGUGGAACAGUCUUCCCACAGUCACAGCUCCUUGGUGGCUUUCAACCCAACAGACGGGGAGCCCAAGAGUCCCGGCGUUGACAGUGAGGAGGAAUGGACUCACCUCUCACCAAAAGGAGUUGAUCCAUCCACAGGGGAACUGCAAUCAAUGCAACAACUUCACCUGCAAGACCCCGAGGGAGUGGCUUCCUCAAACCAGCAACAAGGCCCAGACUCUUAUAUCCAGGGACCAACUGGACUGAGAGAGGCAGCUGUGUAUCCUCACCUCCCACAAGAUGCGGAGCCGCGGCUGAUAGAAGCCCUGUCCCAGAUGCUGUCCAUGGGGUUCCACGACGAGGAGGGGUGGCUGACGCGGCUGCUGCAGGCCAAGCAGGGUGACAUUGGAUCGGCGCUGGAUGCAAUGCAGCCUGCCAAGGGGCCGGCGCGCCAAUGAAGCGCCGUGAGGGAGAGCACAGCCACCAGCAGCAGCCUCUAUGUAACCCACUGCUGCAAUAUUCUUCAGCUGCUGCACUCUGUAAAUGGGGCCUAACUGCACUCACUGUUGUUAAACCAUUCUGCUUUUGAGAAGUUUGGGGCUGAGCAAGGAAUCAGCAAACUAUUUUAAUUCGUAACCUGAGUUGAUAAGUCUCACUGAGAGCACGAUUAGAUUUUCUUUUCUUUAGUUAAGGUCAAAAUUAUUCCAGAUCACCCAAACCCCCUUGUGUAGAAGAUAUUUACUUUGUUGAUUUUGUAGUUUACAUAAUUUCACUUCAUCUACACUAUUUCAAAAUAUGGCCAGUCAAGUCACUUUUCUUGCUGAGAAAGCUGGGACAAAUUCAAGAGAAUUAACAAACAUCACGACCAAAUUACUGAAAGCAGCCUUUUGCCAUGAAACAACUGCUUGUUUGCCGGUGAAGCACAGGCUCAGUGGAAGCAGUUGCUUGAUAACGGGUGGUAAACUCUCAUAUGGGAUGUCUGUUUAGUCUGCAUGUCCACUUGUUACUGCACAACAAUCACUUUAGAAUAAAGCGGGGACCAAUUUCUGUUCUGUGUGGAGGAGAGAGUUGAUGCUCAAAUAUUUGUUUUUGUCUGAAGCAAAGAAUGGGGAACAGCAUGUUAAGAAUCACUGAGCUCUUCAGAAUGCUGGCAGGGUAAAUAUAGUUGUGGCUCUGCCCAAUAGCAGUCAGGGGAGGGUGACUGUGUGUUCAGGUGCCAAGCUAUUGAACAAAGUCUUCCUUUUGUAGAAUGAUGGGGCUUCCCAAGCAUCUUGGAGAACAGAGAAGAAUGGGAUAAGAAUUUCACAGCUUGGGGGUUUUAGCAACUGCAGCUGGCACUAGCAUGGGCGAGUAAGAGGGAACAUUAUAGAACUGGAAGGGGCAAGACCAGGGGUGGUGUGAAUUACAGUUUAGAGGCCAGGCACAUCAGUGCAGCCCCAUCACACUCGGGGCGGCUUGUCUGCACUCUCGGGGAGAUGGUAUUGGCUCUUCUCAGCUUAGGUGGCCUGAAACUACUUGAAUUACUUUCCUUCUCUCCCACCAACCUCCUGUCAUAGUUCCUCUCCUGCUCAGCCCUAGUAGGAUUCUGUUUUAAAAUUAAUUCAGCAAUUGAACCUUUGUAUUUGUUACUCUAUUACUAGCAAUAAAAAAAUGCAUUUGAAAAAGCAAAA